AUGCCUAUCGCACGCAAGGUUGAUAUCGCACGGGCGGUAGUUGGAAAAUCCGACCCAUGGACCUCUAGAACGGUGCAGAUCCUGUCCCAUAACCUCAAUCUGUUUUUUGUCGACAAAGCGGACCCUCCAAGACCUCAGCAAGUCCUCGUAAAACUUACCAACACCACCCACACAUCUAAACUCGAGACACUAUCUGCUUCGUGCAAUCGAGCUACUUCUGGUCUGGCAUAUGACAAAGGCAGUUUUCUCCAUGCCCACAAAGACACUCCUCGCAGCGAGCGCAUGUUCGGAUCACUCAUCGUAGUUUUUCCAACCCCUCACACCGGGGGUCAAGUCAUCCUUCGCGAUGAGGAGGAAACGUUCACAUUCGACUCCGGCACCCUUCUCGCAGGAUCUCCCGAUAAACUCGCCUUCAUCGCAUUCCUAUCUGACGUCGAAUAUGAGAUUCUCCCCGUUACGAGUGGUCACCGGGUUACGUUGACUUAUAACCUCUCCUACUCGGAUCCUACCCCUUCUCGUCUACUCCCUAAAACAGACAAUGCGCCUAAUUUGAUAUCUGCACUUUCGGCUCUCCUUGAAGACCCUGACUUCCUCCCGAAUGGAGGAUUCUUCGGAUUUAGCCUUGCUCACUCUUACCCUGUCACCCGAGGUGAAACGGUGCUGGAUGACCUUAUUCCAAUGCUCAAAGGCGAAGACUGCAUGAUUCGCGAUGUCUGCUCGGAGCUCGGAUUAGGGGUUUCUAUCAAGAGCGCUUUGCAAGACACUAGUAGCCACCACGAGUAUAGAUGGAGUAAACUGAAAGUGCCAGAAGAAGAUCAGUACCGCCGUUGCAUCAUGAUGGACGACGUUGAGGACCUAACGUCCCGUGGAUCUAUAGAGCAGGAGUUGGUUGACCAUUUUAUUGAACAGGGGAACGCGACUCUCCUUCAUCCUUAUGACAAGAAGUAUGUCGACUCCACGAUGCCCAUCGAUCCUGCUGUCUCUUUUCUACUCGCUUAUUCUCCGAUGCUUGCUGCCGCUGCCACUAUGCGAAAGACCGACUCCCCAAGGUCGAAAGCAGUUGCUUGGAUCUCAGAGUUGGAGGAUAACAACUCAGACUCGGAGGAAGAAGAAAAAGACCAUGAAAAAUACGAGUUACCUUUUGCUACGUAUGGAAAUGAGGCAAUGUUGGGGUUGGAAUACGUUCAGUUAAUUUUACUGGCUGCUUUAGGGCCAAAGAACGAUAGGCGUAAUUGGAAGGUGUACAAGGGUAUUAAAGCGUCGAUGAUUCGGUGA